AUGUCAAUAUUCGCGUUACCACCAUCUACAGCGCACCUCUUGAGAUCUUCAUCUACAAUUGUAGAUCCCCUUUCCCUUGUUAAGGAACUCGUCGACAACAGUAUUGACUCAGGUGCCAUAUCUAUCGAAAUCACGAUUGCCUCCAACACUGUUGACAGAAUCCAAGUCCGAGAUAAUGGCUGUGGGAUACAGCUUGAGGACUAUGGCUCUCUUGGGCGUCGGUCUCAUGCAAGCAAGCUACGAAACUUCGAUGAACUUCAUCUCAAAGGCGGUAAAACGCUAGGCUUUCGCGGUGAGGCUCUUGCUAGUGCCAACUGUCUAGCUACAAUCAAAAUUACCACUCGGACAGCUCAAGAUCCCGUUGCAUCACUUUUACAACUCAAGAGAGGAUCGGGCGGUAUCAGUACGCAGAAACCCAUAUCCGCCACUGUUGGGACAACCGUCCAAGCUGUGAAUUUGUUUGAGAACAUUCCAGUUCGGAGACAGAAUGCUAUUAGAGUGAGCCGAAAGACAUUGGCGGACAUCAGACGACUCCUAGAAAGCUAUGUGAUAGCACUCCCCCAUAUCAAACUCUCUCUCAAAGUGCCCGGUAGCCCAAGUCAAACUUGGCUUUACUCCCCAUGCUCGUCAUCAAACACGCGGGAUGCAAUUACACAAGUAUUCGGCCAUGCCCUUACUGCCCAGCUUGUCGUUUCAUCGUCCGGUUCGAGCGGAGAAAAUCCAGCUGAAGCACGCUUGCAGAACGUGAGGAUGACGACGAUUCUCCCGCGGCCCGGGGGUGAUGCGAAGGCUAUCAAGGGCAGGGGAGCUUUCAUUUCCGUUGACUCACGACCUCUUUCUCAUUUGAGGGGCACCGGCAAAAAGUUGUUUUCCAUAUUCAAAUCAAGCCUCUCAAAAGUCUCGAGUUCGUCCGACAGUUCACGAGCACCCUCAAGUCCCUUCAUGCAGCUCAGCAUACAAUGCUCGCCAGGUUCAUACGACCCCAAUGUAUCGCCCCUGAAGGACGAGGUCCUGUUCCUGAACGAGCCAGCCAUUCUUAGUUGCUUCCAGAAUCUCUGUGAUGCCGUUUACAACAAGGAAGCUUUGACUGGCAGGAAAUCUCAAAACCAGCUAGUGUCGGUAGAACGCUCAGAGUCUCCCGGCAUGGGAGGUUCAGGUGUUACAGAUCCAACGCUGAUAGAUGGGUUAUAUUUGAACGAGGCCGAAAGCGAGUGCUUAACGGCCGACCAAGAACUACUUGAUUCCCUUAGUGAUGGUUUGGAAAGGUUGCUUGGUGGAAAUACCGGCGCUUUCAGCAGCGGCGAGCGCAGCUCUCCCAGCGCUUUCUCCCUCCUUACUCCACCAAAGAACAAUGCGCGAGCCGAACACUGGGAUCAGACGAAUAGCGUCAAGGAAAGACAAACGAUUGAGUCGUUGAUGAGAACUAGGCUGAAGGUCAAUCUUUCGCGUAAAGAGAGUGACUCAACGGAUCUGGAUGAUACAGAAGGGUUGAUUUUGGUGCAAAUUGCGCCUCGAAAAGCCAUCUCGCCAGCUAAGACGCCAUCUCAAUCCCACUCUCGAGGCCGAACGUUGACCUCAAGUCGUCGUUUGGAAGAUAUUGGUGACUAUUUUCUUCCAAUACGGGACGAACCGGUCGAAAUUGCUACAGAUGAGACGGCUACUCCCGAAAACACAGAGCCGGACAAUGGCUUUCUAAGUCAUGAUGGAGCUCAUCGGCUACCGCUAAAAGAGCUGACAGAGUCGGAUCUCAAUACGUUUCGAGAGGAAGAAGAGGACGAGGAAACUGAUCAAGAGUCUGUGAUUGAGCUUUCUUUCGUUGAGCCGAACGUUGCACCAUCUCCUCGCACAUCUCCACGUCGCAUGAUCGGCUCUCUUGCGCCAAACAUCCCCUUCAGGCCACUUACAAGACCGAGACAGGUGCCCAAUCCAGAUUUACAACUCGCGAAUUUACGGACUCCUCCAUCGUCAGACCCCACACGGCCUGACAAUCUGACGACUCGAGAUUCUCGACGACAUUCUACCACUAAUAGCUCAACCAGAGGUCAGAGGUCGUCCCGAGGCAGUGCGAUGCCGUCAGUCAACAGACUAGGCGAUCAUGGGCUGAGGCAAAGUCGGCUGCUCCUAGGGAGCGGUCCAACUGUAUCUCAAAACAGACGUCUUUCAGAGCAAGCCCGGCAUGGAAACGGGUUGGCCAGCCGCAGAAGUACCUUGACACCUAGCCGCGAGGACACAAGCACACAUCUUAAGGACAUGAACGAGAGCAUCUCAUCUCAGGACUAUGUGCAGCCUGAGUUCUCCUUUCAAGGGUCAGCAAGUACAGGACCCCAACGUGGAGUUGUGGGAGGGCCUGGAUUCGCGCAGAGCCAAGAUAGCACCCAGUGGUUACACUCUCUACAAACACUACUGAUGCGGACACCGCCUCUACAGGCGACGAGGUUGGACGAACAAACCCUAGGGGAGCAUUGUCAAGCGCUGGAUCAGAUCCCCGACGAUGGCAGCCAAGCUUCCGACUCGAGACCAACAAAACGGCAGCGACGCUGCUCAAGUAUUGGGACCUCGCAAGGCGAAGAGCCAGAUCCUAGAUGCCUCCUCAUGAAUCGGCAGCGCAUCUUCACGGACGGAGGGCGGUUGAGGCGCAUUGCGUCGAAGAAACUUCCAUUUGAAACGAUACCGCAAGAUGAUUUUACAAUGAAACUAUCGAUCAAAGCUAGGGUACAAAUGGACGAGCUCAAUACUGUGGCAGUGGAGUUUAUGGCCUCGAGCCGAGCUACAGAACAACAUUUGCCCAUACGGUUCGAGAAUAUGGAAGAAGUGGACAAAGUGGACAAACUGUUGAAGCUUGCUGUUGAGUCGUGGUUGAAGGAAAACCCAUCGAUCGAGGUGGAGUACACAUUACGAUCUGAAGCCAAGGGCAAAGCAAAGGCGUAA